UCUAGCGGUCCGAGUGUAAACAAGCGUUGAAUUUACUUACUUAGUAGGUAUAACGGCUGAAGGCACACCUGUCUUCCGGGAUAUCGGCGCAGAAAUAAGUCGAGCCUACAGCACUGUACAUUGGUCUCUAGACUCAGAUCAAGAUUAGCAGAUGGUGACGACGUGAGCGAGGGUCUGGCGUCUUCCCCUUUCUGACAGUAUUAUAACAUGGCAGACUGUGAAGACCUCACGAACAAGGCUCACAACGCCUCCUUGACGCUCAGCACAUCGUCCACAGCGGUCAACACCACAGUCACAGUCACGUGCUCGGACUCCAGUCAGCGAUUGGUUGGCGAGAGUCAGCUGACCUGUCUCCCUACAACAGAAUGGAGUGAUCGGCUUCCGAUAUGUAUUCGUGACUACUCUGACAGGGAGAUUAUUAUCCUGGCUGUGACGUGCUCGGUGGUAUUCAUACUUGUUGUAGUGUUAGUACUCAUCGUGAUCAUCCUGGCAAGAAGGAAAUCAAGGACAAAAAGGAGAAGGAAUGAGCGUCUGGCGCAGACCCUGGAGCGGCUCUCGAUCCGAGACCCACUGGACGAGUUGGUGAGACGGGAGUCACGACGCAGCUCAAUCGGCUACAUGAACGACUCCAUCAGCAGCCUGCCCAACACCAACGGCGACAUCAGCCAGAGGAGGCUUUAUAAAGUCUGGACAAAUGACCGCAACAGGAAGACCUUUGCCUUUGCUGAUGACCUUGAGGAAUUGACAGAUCGAGGCCGGGACAAGCUGGGGAUCCGGGGCAAGGUCAAGGUUGUCCUGGAGGAGGACGGAACGGAGAUAGAUAAUGACGAGAUACUCCGCGCAUGCUCAGGGAAAGUCUUACUUCUUAAACCAGUCAGCGACUCGUGGCAAGAUUCGCGCAUGCUUACGACCUUGGACACAUUAUCACCCGACAGCACUCGGUUUUAAGGCAUGGAACUAUUGUGGCACGUGGAGACUAAAACAUAUGGUAUUUAGAGAAGAUGGCGUCCAACAGGAAGUGACGUAAACGAGGAGCAUUGUGGACGCCGUACCUGCGAACUCGCCAUAACUAUAGUCACAUAUUCGUCGACUACCUGUGGUUGUACUGAAUACCGGCGAAGUGCAAUAUUAAAGCAAUGUACACCACUCAUGUCAGAGUUUGUGGAAGGUGCGUGUCGGCGAAAAUGUGUCGAUCCAACAUUCACGAAGAAAGGCAACAUGGAGUUGAUUCUAUAUACUACUGCUGUGUCGUCAUGUGAGUGGUGCCGUGCCUGACGUGCUACCCCCAGGUGUGUGAUGGAGGGUAGAGACACAGAUAUGGUGCCCAACUAUCACUCUGUCGAGUGGUACCUGCUGUGUAAGCUAAUAAUACUGGGAUACCGUCCCAAUUGACGAUGGUAUUUUCAAAACUGGGGAUUUGUUUCUUGGGUGAACAUGAAAUUAGGAUCUGCAUAUGAGUUUGAUUGUUUAACCAGAGACCAUAUAAUAAUAAUGGUCUCUGGUUUAACUGAACACAAUAACGUAUAAAUCUUGAAUUGCAAAUAUGAUGUUACUGUCAUUUUGGAUUAUAUUAUCAAUUCCAAAAUAAGAUGUGUUUUCAUAUACAUAUUUGACCCUUGUGUGUAGUGCAACCGUCCACGUUCCGUCAGUUGUAACACCUAUGUCCUGUGAGUGUGCUUCCAUACCUAGUGAUUGCCAGGAAAUACUCCAUAUCUCGCCCUGACUUGUAACCCGCUUGGAUGAUGAACUUCCAACUCCGCGGGGCUGAAUAAAGGUCUCAUUGUGUUGUUACAUUCUGACGUUUUAGUCACAGAGAAGGUGAUUUCUCUCCAGUUAUUAUCUGAAUCGAUAUUAUCUUACAAUUCAACUUGGAUAUUUACAAAGUGCAGAUAUCAUAAAUGUCAGUUAUGUGCCAGUCUUGCACAUCCCGGCGGAGCACGUCUCCUUGCCGUGCUUCCUGGUAUGAAGAUAUUACAUUAUGAAUAUGUAUAGCUCUGUCAGUGAGACAGCACAGGGCAGAUGUCACCCUAACCCCGACUCUUCCCCCCACACCUCAUCGUCUCUAUACACAGCAGGGGAGAGGAAUGUAGUCAUCCCCUCUCCUGACUGUAUCCCCACCCCUCAUCGUCUCUGUACACGGCAGGGGAGGGGACUGUAGUCAUCCCCUCUCCUGACUGUAUCCCCACCCCUACCCCUGUCUCUACACCCACCCCGUAUCUUCCACUAUACAGCAUAUACUCAGAGAUCUGGUCAAUAACCGAGUCCUACAUUGUCACAUUUAUCUAAUAAACGUUUAAUAUGAA